AGCGGCUACGGAGGUGUGCCAUGGGACAUAAACCGCCGCUUCUCACUGAAGAUUUUACGUGAACUUGGAUUUGGAAGAUCGGCCAUGGGAGAGAUAAUCUCUGAAGGAUCUCGACUUCUGCUGAAUAAAAUAGCCGAGUCCAAAGGGCAACCCAUAGAUCUGUUCGACCUCAUUCUGGGCAGCGUUUCAAGCAACUUCGAAGUGCUUCUCCUUGGUUACCGCUACCCACUGGACCACCCAGAGCACCAGCUUCUGUGCAAGGCACUGCGUGAUGAAUUUAGGACUACCCGGGACGGCAGUGUGCUGUCAUUUUUUCCGUCUUUGGCAAAGGCUGUAGCCAAGUGGCUUCCCUGCUCGCAGACGGCCACACUGUUCGCAGCCAUGAAAUGGAUUGAAAAAUUCUCGAGCACCCGCCUGUCCGAACACAUGGAUGGGCUCAGUGAAAAAGAUGGAGGCGAUUUUAUUGCUGCCUACUUAAGAAGGACCAAGGAACACAAUCAGAAGACGGAGCCGGCCUAUGGCUCCCUUGGAACGAUCCUGAUGUCUGAACACAUUUCUCGGCUACCUUCGACGAUCAGUUCUGCUGCGACGAGCGAGUAG